UGCCUCGACUCAGAUCAUCAAACUUAUCUUGAACUUAUCAGCAAAAGAUCUCGACGGCCUCCCUCGACAGAGAUCGUGCAUUCACGUGUCACUUUUCGCCAAGUUCACUGUGGAGUCCAUAAAACAUGGCCGAAAUACACGAUCAGUUCGAUACCAUCCUUAUCCUUGACUUUGGUUCGCAGUACAGUCACCUUAUCACCAGGAGAUGUCGCGAGUUGAACGUAUACGCAGAGCUUAUGCCGUGUACAACAAAGCUAGCAGAUGUCAAGUUCAAGCCUAAAGGGAUAAUUCUCUCCGGAUCUCCAUACUCUGUAUACGACGACGAUGCACCCCACGCGGACCCCGCUAUCUACACUCUGGGUGUCCCUAUCCUUGGUAUCUGCUAUGGUCUUCAGGAGAUUUGCUGGAAUCUCAAGGGAGAGGUAGCAAAAUGUGAUCAUCGCGAGUAUGGGCUUGCAGAGGUUCAGAUUAGCAGGUUCAGCGAAUCGGGAAAUUCUGUCGACGCUUUGUUUGAAGGACUCGGCGAUCAGAUGCAGGUCUGGAUGUCGCACGGCGAUCAACUGUCCGUUAUGCCUCCCGACUUCCAUGUCAUCGGACGGACAAGCACUGCUCCCUAUGCCGCCAUCGCACAUAACUCCAAGCCAUUAUAUGGCAUCCAGUUCCAUCCAGAGGUGACACAUUCCCCGCAAGGAAGGCAGCUCAUCGGUCGAUUUGUGUUAAAUAUAUGUCAAUGCCGGGCGAACUGGACAAUGGAGGAAUUCAUUGGCAAGGAAAUCAUCCGCAUCCGCGAAAUAUGUGGCCCGAAAGGGCGUGUCAUUGGCGCGGUCAGUGGAGGCGUCGACAGCACUGUUGCAGCCAAGUUAAUGCAUGAGGCAAUCGGCGACAGAUUCCACGCCAUCAUGGUGGAUAACGGCGUGCUUCGUCUGAACGAAGCACAGCAAGUGAACGACAUGUUGAAUAAAGAUCUAGGCGUCAACCUGACCGUAGUGGAUGCUUCCGAACUCUUCCUCUCCCGACUGGAUGGUGUUGAAGAUCCGGAGCAGAAACGUAAGAUUAUAGGGAACUCGUUUAUUAACAUAUUCGAGGCAGAAGCCGCGAAGAUCGAGGAAGCUGCUGAGAAGGAGGAGAAGAACGGUGCGGAUUCAAAGGGAAAGAUCGAAUGGCUGUUGCAAGGAACCCUAUACCCAGACGUCAUCGAGAGCAUCAGCUUCAAAGGUCCUAGUGCGACCAUCAAGACGCACCACAAUGUCGGUGGGCUUCUCAAGGACAUGAAAUUGAAGUUGAUCGAACCCCUGCGCGAGCUCUUCAAAGAUGAAGUCCGUGCACUUGGGAGACUCCUGUCGAUACCAGCACCUUUAGUUCAACGUCACCCUUUCCCAGGUCCUGGCCUGGCUAUCCGGAUCUUGGGUCCUGUCACACGCGAACAAGUGAAGAUCCUGCAACAGGCAGAUAACAUAUAUAUCGAGGAGAUUCGCAAGGCGAAUCUCUACAAUCAAAUUAGCCAGGCUUUCGCCGUCUUGCUCCCUGUGAAAGCUGUUGGCGUGAUGGGCGACAAGCGCACAUACGAACAGGUGAUUGCUCUAAGAGCGGUGACGUCGGAAGAUUUCAUGACUGCGGAUUGGUAUGCGUUCCCUCCCGAAGUCUUACGUCGGAUAUCGUCCCGCAUCACGAACGAAGUGAGUGGGAUCAAUCGUGUUACUUAUGAUAUAUCAUCCAAGCCUCCUGCUACUGUGGAGUGGCUAUGAUCACCAAUGGCACAUUUACGCGGCGUGGACACGCAACAGUAUAUAGAAUACAUAUGUUAGAUGGGUUUUGUCCAUGAAUAAACUUACGAAUAUGCGGGGGUACAUGCUAGAAAAGCCUACAGGGACCUAAAGGUCACUAAUACGGUAGUUCGACGUUGUCUGUUUGUAAUUGUUGGCUCAAUGUUGCGUCUGGUGGA